UCAAGAGAGAAAUAAAACAACAAUGAGAGCUUCUAUCCCCACCACCUUUUAUCUCCUCCUCCUCCUCUACACCAUCACCACCACCACCGUCGCUACUCCGCCACGGUCCGCCAAACAAACUGCCACGGCCGAAUCUCCAUCGUCUCCUUCCGCCUCCACCCUUGAUCCACACCAACUAAGAGCCCUCCAAUUCCUCCACAUCCCCACCACCCAAGAUCCAUGCACCACCUCCACAUGUGACAAUGCCACCCCAUUCCGCCACCUCCUCUCUCUCCGCCUCACCGACUGCCCCAUGGAACACCGCCUCUCCACCACCACCCUCUCCACCCUAUCCACCCUCACCUCCAUCACCUUCUUCAAUUGCCACAUCCCAAUCAUCCACUUCCCAUCCUCCCUCACCACUAACCUCCACUCUUUCACCUCCAUCAACUCCCUCCAACGCCUCACCGGAGUCUUCCUUAGCCACUUCCACAACCUCAACCAUCUCUACAUCUCCGGUGAUCCCAUCAAAGCAUCCGGCAUCCACAUCAUCACCUCCAACAUGAAGUCUUUAAAAACUAUAACACUUUACAACACACAUCUCACCGGAUACCUCCCAAAAGAUUGGAAUCCAAAGCUUAUCCACAUUGAUUUUUCCAAGAACAAACUCAAAGGAAGCAUACCCACAUCAUUAACUCUCUUGAAAAACCUUAAUGUUCUAAACUUUUCAUCAAAUAACCUCAUUGGAGUCCUACCCAACUCAUUAGGAGCCUUAACUUCACUAAAAAUACUAUCUUUAUCGUCGAAUUCGCUCUCCGGGCCCAUACCCGGAUCCAUAUCCUCCAUAUCCGGGUUAGUACAUUUGGAUCUUGGUUCAAACCAAUUCAAUGGGGUUAUCCCGGAGUUCAUAUCCGAAAUGAAAGAACUAAAGUAUUUGAAUCUUGAAAACAAUAAGUUUCAUGGUGUUUUGCCAUUCAAUGCAUCAUUUAUCAAGAAACUUGAUGUGUUCAAGAUAAAUGGGAAUUUUGAUCUUUGUUACAAGCAUUCAAUUAGUUUAGAAGAAUUGCAUCUUGGUAUUGCUCGUUGUGAUAAACAUGGAAUGCCCAUUUUGCCCCCGCCGGCGAUGAAUACGCCAUCGUCGUCUUGGGUGGAUGUUGGUGGUGGUGGUGAUGAAAAUGGUGGUGAUGAUGAUGUUGUGGAAAAGAAUAAUCAAGUGCAUGUUAAUAGGGGGCCAAAUAAGGUUGUUCUUGGAGUGGCAAUUGCGCUUUCGGCUAUGGUUUUUAUUAUUAUAUUUUUGGUUUUGUUAUUUAUAUGUUAGAAUUUAGAUUCACUUUCAAGUUUUGGGAUAGUGUUUUAUUGAUUUUAUGUAAUUGAAUUAUCAAAUAAUUAAUAUGAUGUUAUAUAUGUAUUUUGAUCGAACUA